AUGUGCAGGGAACGUGAAGAGGAGAGAAAGGCUGAGGAGGAAGAAGAAGGCCGAGUUGACACUGGGGUCGUGCGCCAAGGGCGGUCUCUCCACGCGGGUCUUCUGGACCUGCCGUGGCUGCCACCCGGUGAGUGCGAGUAUUCUGUUUACUGGGUCUACGGCUCUCCAGUUACUACUCUCGAAGAGACUUGA